AUGUCAGAACCAAGGCAACCAGGGCUGCCCACCUCAGGAGAAGAUCUGUACUCUGUUCUGGGUCUGGAGAAGACCUGCACACAGGAAGACAUAAGGAGGUCUUACAGAAAACUUGCAUUGAAAUAUCACCCUGACAAGAACCCAGAGGACCCAAAUGCUGCAAAUAAAUUCAACGUGGUCCAGCAUGCCUACUCGGUGUUGUCAGAUGCCAACAAGAGGAAAGUCUAUGACCAGUACGGCUUCUUGGGUCUUUAUGCAGCUGAGCAGUUUGGAGAGGAGAACAUGAACGCCUACUUAAUGCUCUCUAGUUGGUGGGCAAAGGGCCUGUUUGUCAUCUGCGGGCUGGUGACUGGCUGCUACUUCUGCUGCUGUUUGUGCUGCUGCUUCAACUGCUGCUGUGGGAGGUGUAAACCCCAAACACCUGCAAACGAAGAUGCGGACAUCUACAUGUGGUCUAAAGAUGUGGAGGAGCAGCCACUCAUAGACCAAGAUACAGAUGGCGGUAUCCCAAUGAUAUAUCAGCCAAAUGUAAGAAGAGACAAGACCCAGUUUUCUGGAGAUGAAUGCCAUGCAACCUUCCUGUAG